GUAAAGUGCAAUGAGUCUGGAGGAGCCGGUGCAAGAGACACGGGGAAGAUCAGGCAGGAGCAGGAAGAUGAAUAAGAAGCCGGGUAGUGUCCGCCCUCCCUCUGUACAAAGCAAGUCGUAUACAUUUUGGGAUCUAGACAUUUCAAGGGAGGAUAAGAUGGAAUUAUCUUUAGUUCCCAACCCGCCCCGAGCAAAGAGAAAAGUGACAGGAACAAUCAGCAAUAAGAUCAGACACCGACCAAAACAUAGGGAUAAGCGCAAUAUUACCAUCAGGUACCGGAGCUUCUCCAAAAGUUAUUUCCUCUUGUCCCUUUCAUUAUCCCGGGCAGGAUUCUACUAUGUGGGGCCUGGGGACCGGGUGCGAUGCUUCUCCUGUGGGGGAGAGUUGGACAACUGGGAGGACUGGGAUGUGCCCCUCACCCGACAUCGACUCUCCUAUCCCAACUGCCACUAUGUGCGGGAGCUGCACGGAGCCACAUCCUGGAUAUUGAGAGAUGAGGACAACAGGUUAGAGACUUACCGGGGGCACAGUCACCAUUUCCCAAAUAACAACCAGCAAUGUUUGUCCCAGGCAGGAUUCUACUAUGUGGGGCCUGGGGACCGGGUGCGGUGCUUCUCCUGUGGGGGAGAGUUGGACAACUGGCAGCCUGGGGAUGAGCCCCUCACCCGACACCAACAAUCCUACCCUGACUGUCCCUAUGUGAGCAAGUGGGGAGCCAAGACACAAGCUAUCUCUCUAUCUAAUAAACAUCCUGAUACUGACUCAAAUAAAUGUCUGAGUUAUGGGAAUAAGUCUCCAUCGCUCCAUGCGAAGAAGAAGAGAAGACUCCGUCCAACUGUUCCCAGCAGCUCUCUGACCCAUUGUGACAAGUCUGACCCCACAGCUCAGGAUACAGGAUUUUCUCAGACCAUUAAAAUGGAAUCUAAAGAGCAAGAACAGAGCACCAGUGCCCGGCCCAGUGGAUAUGUGAUGGAUUGUGAGCUGUGUGGAAAGAUUUCUAAAACUGAGCAAGUCAGGCCAAAGAUACAUGGAAAUAAAUACAGAUUAGAGCUGCCAUGCAAGGGUCUCUUCCGCUGUUCAGAAACAGGAAUCCAGUUUCGUGUGAAAUCACAACUUGCUAUUGAAUAUGAACUUCUUUCCUGGAGUGAUUAUUUGGAAACAAUGAAGCAAUAUGAUAUUGUUGGGCCCCUCUUUAACAUCUCCAUAACAUCAGAACCUGGCUUGGUAUCAGAGGUCUAUCUGCCCCACUAUGUGUGUCUGAAAGGUGGAAAUGUGGAUGCUAUGGAAAUGAAAAUCGCUCAUUAUAAAGAUGACAAUAUGAUUUUGGAGUCGCCAACCAGAGUUGAGCCCUAUUAUGCUGUACUGGAAAAUCCCACCUUCUCUGCAACUGGAGCUGUUCUGUUAUGGCUUUUACCUAAUAUCUUCCGAAGAAACAUCCCAAUUCAUGGAAUUGUCCAGUUGUAUUACAGACACAUUAGAGGUUAUACCUUUCACCUCUACUUAAUGCCACAAGACCUGUCUCUAAGGAAGGAGGUGGAGGACAAGGAGACUACAGAUCAUUUUUAUCGAAUUAACAAACCCCCGCUGGCAUGUAAUGUGUACACUACAAACAGAUAUACUGUGACAGGACCGGCUGCAGCAGAAAUAAAUCCACCGGACAUUGAACUCCGCAAUGAUAGGACGGCUGUCUUGGACAAUUACAGUGAAAUCUAUCUAUCAGAAGUGAAAGACGGAGUUACCUUACGUCUGAUAUUGAGACGAGAAAGGGAAGCCACAAAUGAAACAGAAGAAUUUAUAUGGGAAGCUGUGCUAAGGGAAGAUGACGUCAGGCAGACAGAGCAGAAUGUUUGCGAUAUGGAGCACAUUGUUGAUAAGCACCGAUCCCAACUGAUUAGAAGGGUGUCACACAUUGAUCCAGUCCUGGAUGAUCUCCUGCAGGAUGGGAUCUUGACACAGGAACAAUAUGAUACUGUGCGCCAGCAUAGAAUUUCCCAGGAGAAGAUGAGGAAACUCUAUGAGUAUAUCAAUUCCUGGGGGAAUUCUGACAAGGAGAAGUUCUAUAAAUCCUUAGCGGAACACAAUGGGUCACUCAUCAGAGGUAUUAAAGGACCAGUAACAUCAAAAAAUAAUUUUUGAAAAUUCGUUAGCAUAAAUAGUAAAAAAAAGCUAAGA